AUGGCAUCCACCUCUGAAUUUUGUGGUGUCCAUCAGCCUGUUAGGUCAAUUAGCUUGCCUGCUAGGGUGCACCCUAGUUCUAAUAGAGUUGAAUCAGUGUUAAACCGCUUAAAAUCCAUCCAAAUUUCAUCAGCUUCAACAGUUGCUUCUUUUGGAGCUGAGACCAUUCAAAAUGGUCUAGUGGGGCUUGCAGAGUUGUACAAUUGUGUGGAGGAACUCAUUCACUCUCCUCUCACCCAACAAGCUCUUCUGCGCUAUGAAGAUGGAAAGCUAGUGGAGAAAGUUCUGGACGGUUCAGUCACAUUGCUGGACACAUGUGGCAAUGCAAGAGACAUUAUUUUUACAAUGAAGGAACAUGUACAAAGCCUGCAGACAACUUUGCGUAGAAAGCGUGUAGAUUCAAGAAUUGACAGUGAUAUUCAUGCUUACAUGUGCUUUAGAAAGAAGGUGAAGAAGGACAUUGCUCAGUGCUUUAAAGCAUUGAAGCAAAUGGAAAUCAAAGUUGAGUUUUCCUCUCCACUACUCUCAGCUUCAGAUCACCAUCUAUCAAUGGUUGCAAGUGUUCUAAGAGAAGCAAGCGCCAUUACCAUCUCCAUUUUUAAAUCUCUUUUGUUAUUCCUAUCCAUGCCUACAAUGAAGACAAAGUCAUUGAUUUCAAGAUUGAUGCCCAUGAGAUUAUUAUCCUCUGAGAAAGGACAGAAGAUUAUCAAUGAGGUGGGGAGCGUUGACAUUGCUCUUUAUUCCCUCCAUGGACAUCUAAGAAAUAAUGAUGCCAAGGCUGAUGUUCAACUGGCACAAAGGAUGUUAGAGACACUCCAUCUUAGUGUAGAGGGGCUUGAGCAUGGAUUAGAUUGCAAAGAGAGCCGUCAAGGAACUGAGAUGUACAUCAACAUAAGAAUAACAACUAAGAAUUAUAGUAAGAAUUAUGGAGGAGCCUUAGAUGUACAUUCAUGCUUGCAGCUCUGUGAAAUGUGA